UCACAGGAACGAAGGACAGGACAGACUAGACUGUUGUAUUGGAACAAAAUAAAAUAGCUAAUAGGUUGUGUUUCAAGUGCACUCUGAUCAUGUAGAUGAAAACCACAAGUGAAUAUAGAGUAGAGGUUCUUAGGGACUGGACUUAGAUAUAAGGAAGAAUACUUACGAAAAAAAGAAAAGGCGGCAUUGUCAUGCAUAACCAGGUCAUCCAGUGUUUCGAAGGUAUUCUGUUAAAUCUAUGCUGCCUGAAGGAUUUUUUCGAGCUCGUUAUUGGAGCACUCUUUUACUUUUUUGAGUCGUUUGUGCGGCUGUUUGUCCAGCCACCUCCAAAGGACGUGGAGGGAGAGAUUGUACUGGUGACCGGAGCAGCCAAUGGCAUUGGCAAGCUCAUAGCAAAGGAAUUCGGACGCCAUGGAGCCACUCUGAUUCUCUGGGACAUCAACUGGGAAGCCCUGGACCGCACGGCGAGGGAACUCAGGCGGAUCCUGGAUGUGCGUGUGUACGCCUACGCGUGUGACUGCAGCCGCCGCACAGAAGUCUACAAAGCUGCAGAACUGGUGAAAAGAGAAGUUGGGGAUGUGUCCAUACUAGUGAACAACGCGGGAGUAGUGACUGGAAAGUACACAUUCACAGAGGCCCCUGACAAUUUGGUGGACAGAACUCUCCGAGUCAAUGUUGCAGCACACUUCUGGACAUACAAAUCAUUCCUUCCAUCAAUGAUAUCACGAAACCAUGGGCAUCUGGUGUGUAUUGCAUGUCAUGGUGGACUGUUUGCGAUGAAUGGAUUAUCAGACUACUGCGCCAGCAAAUUCGCAGCUGUGGGAUUUGCUGAGUCUAUUGCUCUGGAGCUUCUGGUGCUGAAGAAGGAAGGCAUUAAAACCACCAUUGUGUGCCCGUACUUGGUAAAUACCUCCAUGUUUGGAGGGUGUCAGACAAAAUGGCCAUCUUUUCUGCCUAUCAUUGACCAGAAAAUAGCAGCAAAGAGAAUAGUUGGCGCUGUUCUGAGAGACAAAAUGUAUGUCUUGCUCCCGUCCAGUUUGUACUUUCUUGUGGCUAUUAAGAGCUUCCUCCCUGCCAAACUGGGAAUCAUCUUUGUCAACUUUUUUGGAGGGCUGGACCUGAUGGAUCGGUUCAGAGGGGUCCCUGUGCCAGCUGCCACAUACAAAAAACGGCAAAGAGACAACAGUGUUGGAGAUCCAUUUUAAAACAACUAAAUAAAAUACAUGACAAAAAUA